CAAUAAUUCAACCAAUAAACUCUAACCACGCUCGACCUAUGCGGCGCCGCUACGUUGAUGAUGACUCAACCAACUUGCGUUUCUAAAAUACCACGGAGUGUUGAUAAAGCAGAGAUACCAGGAGCGCUAUACUCAUACCGUUACUCGCCGACCGAGGAUUGUUGGUAUCGAACGUCUCCCACCGACCUCACUACUCUUUAACGACGCCUACCGGUUAAAAUGCACCUAAACCUAAUCCCUCAGCAUAACUCAGACUAUGGAUACAGACAGGAUUUCAUAAUCCGUAUCCAUGGCAACCAAUCGUAUACAUCAUAGCGACUGUUUUGUAAUACACUACGAACAGCUGACUGAAUGUCAAAACCGAAAUUAUCGUUCGAUCGUCAAAAAUUGUGAAGAAUAUUCGAAAUUUAAAAAGUGCUUCGUGUAAUCCGUAGUAAUCAGGUUGAAUUAAUGUCGCGAUCUAAGGCAACCGUGGCGUUGAUGAAGCUCAAAGAAAUCGAUAGGAAAUACAAGAUAAAAAGCAACGAAGAUAUCAAGUGCUUGCGGUAUUCGAGCUUGAGUGAGAUUAGUUCGAUCGAUAGUGAGGACCCAAUUAGGAGUGAUCAUGGUUUCGGUGACAAUGGUAACCUAAUAACUACAAGAACCAAAUUAGACAUAAGGAUACCAGACACUUAUGUCAACAAGCAACGUAGUUUGGAAGCAUGGAAAAAUGAAUCAGGCACAGAGCUGCCUACCAUUUUCAAUGAAUUUGAUGAUACUUCUUCAAGGUUGGAGACGAUUCAUCCCCAAGUUAUGAUCGACAGUGGUAGGACUGAAGUGAAAAGAAUCGCAGAGCCAGCUAGUGAAGGCAAUCUCAAUAACAAGUAUGGCGACGUUCUAAUGAGUGAGAAAUCCAAAGUGGAUAUGGCGAGCUUGAUCAGCAAAGAAGUUAUCCAAAUUCAACGUCAGUCUACUGUACGAUCUUCACACCUGGUUUUGAACAAAUCAAAUACUUGUACUAAUGAAGAAAUUACUGUGAAGAGUGUUGAAUCGAUGAUUCAUGUUGAAGAAGAUGAAAAAUGUAGUGUUAUGGAAGAUUACAAUGAUCAAUCAACCUUAGUUGCUUCCGUUGCCACUUAUUCGGAAGACUUUGUGAAGACCCCUUCUGAUAUUUUGAACCUUGAAGUUUCACUGUCAUUAGAAUGUGGAAACAAAUCUUCUCUCACCCUUUUGGAUCAAAGUAAAGUUAGGAAGGACCAACAACAAAAAUCUCUAUUGCUGAGAACCGAAGCAACGGUUUCAGAAGUAGAGGAAUGUGACACAGCUUCAGGUGCUAAUCUCAACGAUUACAACAUAAAGAGCAUUGAGCUUAGUGUCAACAGUAAUAGAGGCAGUAAAAAACAACGAAAAAGUCCAAGAGAUUCAACAGUCAAUUCAACUAGGGAAUCUUACGUCUCAAAACCCUCUGCAUUUCUACCCGAUUUCGAGAAGAAACCCGAUUUGCGUCGCUCUCAAUCUCCUCACACCGCUGCCCUCUCUAAACGGGAUCAGCUUGGAAAAAAAAAAACGAAGGUUUCUCAGAAUUUGAGACACGAAAGAGCAUCGAUGGCAGCAAAUAUUGAAGAAAAAAAGAAACUGGAGAAAAUCCGUACAAAGGCUGGUGAUUUUCCAACCAAAGACUUUUCUGUUACUGAAAAACCUCGUCAGUGUUCGCAAAAAAAUAUCAACCCUGAUACUCGGACGAAAUGUUCAGAUAAUUUUAAAACCGAGGAGAUUGUACAAGGCAAAAAACGGGGCGCUAUUGCUAACGUAAAAAAUCGAACUAGAAUUAAUUUGGGAUCUGUCAAACAAGAAGCAGGUUUUCGAUAUCACACCAAAGACGUUGAGAUGAUGAGACGGGAGAUCAGGAAGGAGCUUCGAUUGCAACGGGAGAAAGACCAUCUGCGAGAUCGCUUUCGUUGUUACGUCGUGAAAAUGAUGGAGAAAGAACAGAGGUUCAUGACUACCGGUGCAAUUAGACACCGGGAUCGAGAUGACCGUAACAGCGCAAGUGAUUUUUCGCGCCAAACGGAUAGUUUUCACGAGUAUUUUUUUAAGCCUCUCGACCUCCCGAACGUUGCCACCUUUAAACGACCCGAUCUCGAAAAUGAUACCUCGUACGACUUUGGCGACAACAGGCAUUUGCAUUUGAGCGUGAUUCGAGAACGUAUACUCGGCAUACGACAUUGGCUCAAACAGCAUUUUGUCCUUUACAAAGACUAUAGUAAAGUGGUAUCUACAAUGAACUCAGAAUACGUUCCAGUCACUUUACAGGAAACGAAAAAGAUGAUUCGUGACGUACAGCGAUUUUAUAAACGCGAACGGCUACGUCACGUGAGAUGAUAUUCUAAAGUUACAUUUUAAAUAUUCCUCUAUUAAAGAUUUGUGUCGGGAUUUGUGUUAUCCUGCAUGGAUUUCUUUUCCAUAAAUUAAAAUACCGCGGUCACCGCAUAAUACACAGGUUGAAAAGUGGUAUGUACGUACGUACAAUGUACAGGUACUUCAUACAAUGUUUUACUCACCUAGGUAUACGUGGGUGAUUCGGUUCUAACUGUGUUUUUUCGAGCAAAAAAUUUUUCCAUUUUAGAAGUAAAUAUUUUUGGCUUUUUCAUGCACAUACUUACAAUUAGUUCAUUUAAUGUCAGAAAUUAGUGUGCAGAAGCAUUUCACUGCAACUUCAAAAUAACGAAAAUAGGAAUAAAAUUAAAAAAUUUUCACGCUACGUUGAUAGUGACAUGUUUGUCCAUGGUACGGACGUAAAAUGAGUUAAUGUAGAUAUUCAUUAGCAAGAAUGAUGAAAUUAAUCAUUGAAUUAUAUGUCAACAUGUUUUAACAAUCUUUCAUUAAAUAUUCAAGUUCUCAAUAA